CAUAUUUGUUCAGAGACUGCGGAGGGAUAUCGGUUUGGUUUCUCUUGCUCUCUUUCUCUCUCGCAUCCAGACACCAACUGUAGUCUCUUGGCUGGGCGCAUUGAUCGGGUCUGCUUGCUGGGGGUGUGCUGAGGCUCAGGCUGUCACUCAUACUGUGAUCAGUGCCUGCACACAGCUUACAGAGCAGCUGGCAACCCACUCCAAAAAAUAAUUCCUUGCAAAAUCCAGGCUGCAAAACAGCACCAAGAACCUGCAUCGUUGGUCCGGUACAGCAUUUGCAGCAAGGGGGGGAUUUAAAAAGAGAGAGAGAAGAAAAAAGGCUUAUGGUCAUCUCUGGACCCUCUGUUACUAACAGGAGCAGCAGGAGAAAUUCCAUCGCCUGCAGAAUUACAAUGCUGCAAAUUAAGGAUCUCAUCUGGACUUUAUAUUUCAUAGGAACUGCAGUGGCUUUGGAAGUGACCAUCGUUCCAGAUCAAGGAGAAAUAAGCCUUGGGGAGUCCAAAUUCUUCCUGUGUCAAGUAAGCGGAGAAGCCUCAGACAUUUCUUGGUAUUCCCCAGCUGGUGAGAAGCUCCUCAACCAACAGCAAAUCUCUGUAGUGAAAAAUGAUGGCUAUACUUCCACACUCACCAUCUACAAUGUCAGCAGCCAAGAUGCUGGCAUCUAUAAAUGUGUAGCUUCCAGCGAGACAGAGGGAGAAUCUGAAGGCACCGUUAAUCUCAAAAUUUAUCAGAAACUGACCUUUAAAAAUGCACCUACUCCUCAGGAGUUUAUAGAGGGAGAAGAUGCAGUCAUAAUUUGUGAUGUCUCAAGCUCCAUCCCUUCAAUCAUCACUUGGCGACACAGAGGCAAAGAUGUUAUUUUAAAAAAAGAUGUACGAUUUGUUGUCCUGUCCAACAAUUACCUGCAAAUCAGGGGAGUUAAGAAAACAGAUGAAGGAACCUAUCGAUGCGAAGGGCGAAUACUGGCACGUGGAGAGAUAAACUAUAAGGACAUCCAUGUUAUAGUAAAUGUUCCUCCAACAGUGCAGGCUCGGCAGAUAAGAGUUAAUGCUACUGCAAAUAUGGAUGAAUCUGUUGUCUUAAGCUGUGAUGCAGAUGGAUUUCCAGAUCCUGAAAUCAGCUGGCUAAAAAAAGGCGAACCAAUUGAGGAUGGAGAAGAAAAAAUCAGUUUUAACGAAGAUAAAUCAGAAAUGACAAUCUAUCGUGUGGGAAAGGAUGACGAAGCAGAAUAUUCCUGCAUUGCCAACAACAAAGCUGGCGAGGCCGAAGCCAUCAUUCUUCUAAAAGUUUACGCUAAACCAAAAAUCACCUAUGUGGAGAAUAAAACUGCGGUGGAAUUGGAUGAGAUCACUUUGACAUGCGAGGCAUCUGGGGAUCCCAUUCCUAGUAUCUCCUGGAGAACAGCCACUCGCAAUAUCAGCAGUGAGGAAAAGACAUUAGAUGGACAUAUAGUAGUCAAAGAGCACAUUCGGAUGUCAGCUCUCACUCUGAAGGACAUCCAAUAUACUGAUGCUGGGGAGUACAUCUGCAUUGCAAGCAACGCAAUUGGUGAAGACAUGCGAGCCAUGUACUUUGAAGUUCAAUAUGCCCCAAAGAUCAAAGGACCAGUGGUGGUUUAUACAUGGGAAGGCAAUCCUGUUAAUAUCACUUGUGAAGUUCUUGCCUAUCCUAGUGCUGUGGUUUCCUGGUUCAGAGAUGGGCAACUUUUGCCAAGCUCAAACUUCAGUAAUAUCAAAAUAUAUAGUGGUCCAUCUUCUAGCAGUCUUGAGGUAAACCCUGAUUCAGAAAAUGACUUUGGGAACUACAACUGUACAGCUGUUAACAGCAUUGGACAUGAGUCUUCUGAGUUCAUACUUGUUCAAGCAGACACCCCAUCUUCACCUGCCAUUCUUAGAGUUGAACCAUAUUCUAGCACUGUUAUGGUUAUUUUUGAUGAGCCAGAUGCCACUGGUGGUGUUCCUAUUUUGAAAUACAAAGCAGAAUGGAAAGUUAUAGGACAGGAGAAGUGGCAUGCCAAAUAUUAUGAUGCCAAAGAGGUGAGUGCAGAGAGCAUCAUUACAGUCACGGGUCUUAAGCCAGAAACUUCAUACUUGGUGAAGCUGUCGGCAGUUAAUGGCAAAGGACUGGGAGACAGCACACCUUCACAGGAAUUCACUACUCAGCCAGUCAAUAUUGCAAAGCCACAAGGGGAACCUAGUGCUCCAAAAUUGGUAUGGCAUUUGAAUGAAGAUGGAAACAAUGUAAAAGUGGAGAUAAUUAAGCAGGAUGAUGGUGGCUCUCCCAUCAGACACUACCUGGUCAAUUACAGAGCGUUAAAUGCUGCAGAUUGGAAACCAGAAAUGCGGGUUCCUUCUAGUAGUCACCAUGUGAUGCUCAAGGCUCUGGAAUGGAAUGUAGAGUAUGAAGUUAUAGUGGUUGCCGAAAAUCAGCAGGGAAAAUCAAAGCCAGCUCGUUUAUCCUUUAGAACCACAGCCAAGCCCACAGCCACUACAGCCACCACAAGUGCCAGUGCUGGUUUGGGAACAGGAGCUAUUGUCGGCAUUCUUAUUGUCAUCUUUGUUCUUCUUCUGGUGGUUGUGGAUGUGACCUGCUUUUUCUUGAACAAGUGUGGCCUGCUUAUGUGCAUUGCUGUUAACUUCUGUGGGAAAGCUGGACCUGGCGCCAAAGGCAAAGACAUUGAGGAGGGGAAGGCAGCUUUUUCAAAAGACGAGUCUAAAGAGCCCAUUGUAGAGGUGCGAACAGAAGAAGAGAGAACCCCAAACCAUGAUGGAAGUAACCAGAUAGAACCCAACGAGACAACCCCAUUAACAGAACCUGAGCACCCAGCUGAUACUACAGCUACUGUUGAGGACAUGCUACCUUCUGUCACCACCGUCACAACUAACUCUGAUACUAUUACAGAAACUUUUGCUACAGCCCAAAAUAGCCCCACCAGUGAGAGCACCACUUUAACUUCUAGCACUGCCCCUCCACCAACUACUGAUUCUAACACAGUCCAAUCUAUACAGGCUACUCCUUCCAAAGCAGAGGCAUCUACUGCCUCUUCACCUCCACCAACUUCUUCCCCAAAAGUUGCCCCUCUUGUGGAUCUAAGUGACACACCUACUAACAAUCCAUCUAAAGCUGGAGCUAAUCAAGCUGGGGCUCUGAAUCCCAGUGCUGCUACUAGUGCAGCUGAGCCUCCCAAAGCCAUCAUCAAACCUGUUGCCACAGUUCCAGCAAAUGCCACUAGCCCCCCACCUACUCCUGAGCCAAAGCAGGUAAAGCAGGAACAAUCAGGUAGCAAAAGCCCAGAAAAGGAAGCAGCACAGCCCAGUACUGUGAAAAGUCCAACAGAGGCCACCAAGGAUGAGUCAGCUUCCCUCAGCAACACAAAACCCCUCCAGGGUGAGGACUUUCAAAUUGAUGGGGGGACCUUCAAGACUCCAGAAAUUGACCUUGCAAAAGAUGUUUUUGCAGCUCUUGGAACUGCUACUCCUGCCGCUGUGGCUAGUGGGAAAGCUUCUGAGCUGGUUUCUUCCACUGCAGACACCUCUGUACCGCCUGAUUCCGCAAAGACCGAGAAGACCCAAGUAGAAGAAAAUUCUAAGCCAGAGGAAACAGAUGUCAAGAGCACCCCAGCAGAAGUCAAAACAGUCCCCAAUGAAGCCACUCAAACAAAUGUGAAUGAGAGCAAAGCAUGAUUUGUCCUUAGAGUUUGGGGGUGGGCGUUAUUGGGGAAUGGUCAGUGGAUACUAAAAAUUAUGUCUGAAGAGCCUCAUGCUAGCCAUUUAAAGAAUGAGGCACACACACUUCAUCAUUCCUCUCAAUCUUGGCCUUUGUUGUUAUUAUUUUAUUUUUUUAUGAAAACCAUUUUGUUUUUGUGAGAUUGUAGAAAGGGUUCAUCUAUUGUGCUAAUGCAUUUUUUUAAAAAGAAAGGGGUAAGUUAGAUCAAUAAAGCCCCAUGCAGCGCCAUCAGAACGGCAACUAUGCACCACUGCAUUCUUUAGCAAAUAUUUACCAUCAAGAAGCCAGGUCAAAAACAUUACACUGAACCUGUGUUAGACCAUACGCUAAAUACACAGAAGAAGAGUUUGUAUUUAAACCAUCAUCUUCAAGUGCAUUCACUUAGUAGGUAAAUAAACUGAAGAGGAAAAAAAAGUUAUUAAUUGUUGUAUUUGUCCUGAAAGUUUGGGUGAUGGGGUAUAUGACUAGCCUGCAAUACAUUUCUCUACUUGUAAAUGUACCUGUUUAAGAGCAGAGGCUCCAUAUCUAGUAAAGAGACUGAAGAAUUACGUUUGUAAAAGAAUGAUAAAUUGAUGGACUUUAUGAUUUGAAAUGAAUUGAUCCAAAUUAUUUGAUUUUUACUGUGGUAUGGAGCACUGAUGUGUUAGGAAAGGAAGAAAUCUUCCCACAAAAUGCAUGUACGCACUAAGAUUUAGAAACUGGGACUCGCUAAGCAUCCUAUUGCACAGAGUUGAUGUUAAACCUUUAACAUAAAUGUGUGGAAGAUAAAAGACUAAUGAUGCUUUUAAAUAACAAUAUUGAGGCAGAUUUCAGUGCAGAACUAGAAGCAGCCACUUUUAAUUCUGUUGUCUAGAUUCUUGUGCUUGUAUGGGUACCUGAAUCAUUCCAGUUUUACAAUAUUAUGAUUUACUAUUGCACUAUUAAUUCAUCUCAGAGCUUGUGUAACUCCCUUGUCAGUCAUUUGUGUGUCAUACCAUAUGCUCCAGUGUGAUUCAUGACACCUGACCUCCUCCUCAGAAUGUUUUUUUUUCUUUUGUUUCUUUAUGCAGUCAUAUAAACUUAGAAUAUAGGGAACAGAGAAUUAUUAUACAACAUUACUGUAUAAUUAGACUUUUUUCAAACUAGUGCUAUAAUGUUUGUGAAGGAAAAAGGAUAGCUUCAUACCUGGCUGAAAUCUGCCUGCCACCAGCACUGCCAUUUAUAUUAAAUUUAGGCAGCACAGGCAGUGUUUCCCAGCCAGGGGGAAAAUAUGGCAUUAGAGAAAACCAUUGGUGUGCCAUGUACCUAAGGAUCAAGGCACUGCAGUCAAACUCAGAUACUACCCUAAGAAAAAGCAUUCCCUUUGGAGCUUAAACAACGAUAAUGCUAUAUUGAAUGAUUUAAACGGACACGAGAAUGGGAUUAUAAAUAAAAAACUACAUCUAGCGGGACUGGGGACUGUUUAGCAGCUAAAUGGAUGUCAGAGAAGAUGGGCCAAACUGUAAAUUCAUUGUCUUAUUGGAGUGUUUCUCAUUUCUAAACUGGUGUAGAGUAACUUGAAAUAUCUUGACUUGCUUGGAGUAAAAGAUCAUAUUUGCCAAAUGCUCUAGAGCCUUUGCAAAUGAUACCUUGUGUGUUUUAUAGAAACUGCCAUCACAGUUUAUAUUCAAUAGAACGACAUUUAACCAACUCUCUUUAGAAAGGAUCCUCAGCAUUAGGUUGAUGUAGUAAUUGUGUUUGUACUCAAUGCCUUUACAUGUAAGAAUAAAUGGCACUUUGUUUUCCUACCUCCAAUUUAUAUUGUCCACAAUAAAAAAUUAAAGUUGUUAUCAUAAGUACUAAGCACCCUUCUGUACCCUUUUACAUUCUAAGACAGCAGAACAGUUUACUGGAAACCAAUUUGGUAGACAGGUAACAUACAAGGGUAACAGUUAAGGAUAUAUGGCAUACAUUCCUUUUCUACCAUCUGAGUGAAUACUGUAAGUAAGUUAAUCACAGGCAAUCCUCCCUCCCUUUAAACUAUCACUUGUUUGGCUCUAACACCAUUUAACACAUACUGCCAAUAUACAUAGUAAAUGUGCCAGGCAAACAUGUCUGACUCACAAUCAUAUUAAUCAUAUGAAAAUAGUCAUAUGGGUCUGUGCAUUUCACAUUUUAGAUUGCCAAAUUAAAUUGUAUAUUGUAGCUUUUUAUUUGAUUUAGUAAUAUUGACAUGUAUAUGUUAUUACUUUUCUAUGAUUUUUUUGGUUAUUUUUUUCCUUUUGUCAUUUUGUUUGCUUAUUUUUGUUUUGUGUAGCUUUUUUUGUCUUAUAUUUACUAGACUUGGUAUAUAUAUGUAAAAAAUGUAUGUGAUUAGUAGCAUGCAUGAUUUGCUGUGAGAUGUUUUGAGGGAAAAGUGGGAGGUUACAGUUGUUUGAUCCUGAUUAAGAUCCUGUGAUACUGUAAGAUUACAGAAUUGUAGCUUAUACAGAUGAACACCCUCUGCAUUUAGCCUGGAUUUGGGUAUCUAAUCAGGGAGUCAUUAGUUUAAGGCUGAUGCCCCAAUCAUUUUGUUGGUUAUUCCUAGUCUAUGAUUUUAUUUAUUGUUCAUUUUGAUGGAGAAUGGUCUGCUAUUAAGCACAUUUUGGGUUGUGCCAUGCUUAAUAAUAAUAAUGUGCCAUGCUAAAUAAUUUGUACCUCUGGAUACCCCUUAAUGCAAUUCACCUUUUGAAGAUUAGUGAUGUGUGAUCGGGGCCCACUGCUUUACCCUUAGGUCAAGCAGGUUAGGGUGGAAAUUUGAGCGACCAUUGUGUGUUUGGGUUGGCUGAGGGUCAGUCUGGGGAAGUACACGCUUCCUUGCUUAAGAUCUGUUGGGUUUGUGUUUCAGGAAAUGCAUAACUGCCACAAACAUUUGUAAAAUAAAUAUUUAUAGAAAAUUGCACCAGUUUUAAAAGAGAGCAAUCUCAGCACUCAUAUUCCACCAGAUAUAACUGAAAGCAUACCAUUUAAAAGUCAUGCAACAUCCCAGGUCCAUUCUGAACUAUUAUUUUUGCCAGUAGGCACUAUGCAUCUUUUUUUUUUCUUCUAAUGCCCCCAUCCUCACCCUGCAUCUGAAACAAAAAAAUGAUUAAUGAGAUCUUUGAUUUGCCAAAAAAUGGCACUGGUUUCCUCUAGCAAAAUAAAAACAAAACUUUCUGAAUCAUGGAGUGUGCUGCCUAAAGGGAAGAAUCUGUAAAAUUAAAAUGUACUUGGAUAAAAAAUUGGCAAACUUUGAACAAUUCUUCUUUUUUUACUUUGGCACUUGAGAUUGAAAUGUCAUGGAAAGGUUUUUGGACUCUUUUUUUUUUGUUCUUGGGUAAUUAUCAGUUGUCGCAUGAAGAUGCCCAAGGAAAUUUCUCUCAUAUUGCGUGAGGUUCCCAUGUACUUAAAGGGAUUCUGUCAUGAAUUUUUUGGUGUAGUUUUUAUUACUAAAUUACACUGUUUACAUUGCAAAUAAUUCAUUCUACCAUUUAAAAUUUCAUUAUUGAACCAAUAAAUGUAUUUUUCUUGUAGUUGUAAUAUUGGUGUGUAGGCAGCCGUCUCAGUGCAUUGUGCCUGAGUCUGAGCUUUCAGAAGGAGCCAGCGCCACACAUUAGAACUGCUUUCAGAUAACCUAUUGGACCUCUUACUCAAUGUAACUGGAAGAGUCAUGGCUGGACUUGGGUGUUUUACUAUUGGGUGCUAUUCACAUAUCUACCACUAGGUAGAGCAUGGGAGCAUUUUUAGCAAUGCAGGUCUCAGGGAGCUGCUAUCUUGUUACCUUCUUACUCUUCUGCUUAUCAGCUGCAGUAAAGUUUUUAUCAGAACACAAGUCACAUGUCUGAGGGCACCUCUGAAACUAAGAAUAUGUCCUACCCCAUAUCACAUUUCAAAAUUAAAUAUAAAAAAGAAAUCUGGUUACUCUUUUGAAAAACAGGUCCAAUGCAGGCUUCUGCUGGAGGAGUCCUAUAAACUAUUGAAUUUUGUAAAAAAAAACAAAAAACACGUUUUCCCAUGACAGAAUCCCUUUAACAGUAAUGCAAAGUGAGAAUUACUUACAACUCUUAUAAAUUCUCAAAUAAGUGGGCUGCUUGCAAGGUUUUCAUUAAAAUACGCGCCCAUUUGUUGGAAUUGAUCUUGGUAGCUUUGAUCUCCUUUAAACUAACUGCUGGCGAGAGGACAAGAAAAAAUGGAUAAAUAGCUGAAAAUUUCAAUCUGCAUCCAUAUUGAACAACAUUUUCAUCGCAGCCAUUGCUGAAUUGCCCGCUUGCAGUUUAAAUGUAACUUCCACGUGUUGGAAAGUUUCUAAAAACAGUGCCUAAAUGUAUUUUUUUAACAUUCUAGUUAUAUUUUCCAAAUAUCUUUAAAACAUACACAUAGAUAUUUUUAGGGCAUGCUAGUUCAAUUCCAACCUCGUCCUUAUUGUAAUGGCAAUUAGGAAGUACUUUUUACCUUUUAGAUCAGAAAGAGUUAGAGAUGAGCCCCAUUUGCCAUGAGGUUGUGCGCAGUUAAUGAAUAUUAGUGUGACGUGUUUUUGUCUUAGUAUCACAGAUAAAGGCAUCAAUAUCAUAGAGUUGGUGGGGGAAGGAUUGUAUAGGUUAGAUGGAACAACGUUACGUUGUGUGUUGCACGUUACUUCGCUGAAAGAAGACAGGAGUCAGUCCAAAUACAUUGAAGACAUUCUACAGUUCCUUUCAGGGAGGAAAUAGCUCAACUGUACUGUUAUGUCUCUUUUGCCUCUAUAACAAUGAAUCAUUAACGGCAGCCUUUGAUUUUCAUUGGGAAAAGAAUGAAUUAUGAACAUUGCUCAGUAAAUUCAAACUGUGAAAAAUGUACAUUCAUAAUGUUCCAUGUAUUGUUUUAUGUUAUCUCAUGUAUGCUUUCUUGAACGGUACUAGAGGGAUGAAAAUGGAGGAUCUAUGUGUUGCCUGUUAAGCAGUUAAAAUGUUAUCAGGUCAUUGGUCUAGAACAUCUCAAUAUCUUAUUACUGUAAUGCGCCCCAUAUAACACUAACGAUGAACACAAUCACAUGGAGUUGCAAGGAAUAGCACAGAAGGAAACACAGUUAUUCUCAGUAGGCUUUAAGCCUCCUUUUGUUUAGUCAUUGGCUAUUAUGUCAGAAAACAAGAAACUCUCUCUAUGUUACAUGUGGUUAACACUUAACAGGGAUUCCUGACACAUUACUAUUAGGGACCAAGACUCCUCCUUGCAUCUGAUAAUAAGUUCCUACAGUACAAUAUGUAUAAGUACAUACAGUAUGUAUUGUUCUAAGAUUUAGGCACUGUAUAUUUAUUAAAAAAAAAAAAAAAUCAAGUCACAUUGCAAACUUCAAAUAGCAUUCUUCUGAUCUUUUUGUGUUGUUUUUAAUGUGACAUAUGGUGUGUGCUUAUUGCUUGGGUAAAGAGAUUUUAGUUGACAGUUUUAUAUAUAAGAUGACUGAAUGAGACCUGGCUUUAACCUUUGGUAUCUUGUCUUUAGCAGAUCACGUUCCUCCAUUCAAUCCCCUACUCUAUAUCCCCAAGUUCUAGGCCUUCUGUCUCAUUAAAAGAAAACGUUUUUACCAAGUGAAAAAAUUGACUACCAACUUUAUUCCCAUUCUCACUGCUGUAAAUACUGAGUACUAACUGAGAACUUUGCAUUCUGUCAAAAUAAUUGUGUUCAAUAAAAGUUACAAAAAAAGCGUU